AUGGCAAAUUGUUCUUACGCAUCGUCCAUGGACCCUUUUCCCCCUUUGGCUGCUGUGAAUGACGCUGCUGCCCACGAGCGGGAGGAAAUCCGAGGCGCACCCCUCCCGGAAGAGUGCGGCCUGGAGGAAGGGUGCUGGGAAUCUGGGGGCUCGUCGCACCUACCCCAGCAACUCAAAUUUACCACCUCGGACUCCUGCGACCGCAUCAAAGAUGAGUUUCAGCUGCUGCAAGCUCAGUACCACAGCCUGAAGCUCGAAUGUGACAAGCUGGCAAGCGAGAAGUCAGAGAUGCAGCGUCAUUAUGUGAUGUACUACGAGAUGUCCUAUGGCUUGAACAUUGAGAUGCACAAGCAGGCUGAAAUUGUCAAGAGGCUGAAUGGGAUCUGUGCCCAGGUCCUCCCCUACCUUUCCCAAGAGCACCAGCAGCAAGUCUUGGGAGCCAUUGAGAGAGCAAAGCAGGUCACAGCUCCAGAACUGAACUCCAUCAUCAGACAGCAGCUUCAAGCCCACCAGCUGUCCCAGCUGCAGGCUCUGGCCCUGCCCCUGACCCCACUGCCCGUGGGGCUGCAGCCGCCUUCACUGCCGGCGGUGAGUGCGGGCACUGGCCUCCUCUCGCUGUCUGCACUGGGCUCCCAGGCCCACCUCUCCAAGGAAGACAAGAAUGGGCACGAUGGUGACACCCACCAGGAGGAUGAUGGGGAAAAGUCAGAUUAGCCCAUGGCCAGGAUGGGGAGGGUGAGGGGACAAAGAAGAGACAAGAUACACAGAGAGAGGAAUGUUCACCGCAAGACAGUAUAGCUUGGGACUGGCUAAACUCCGGUAGUAUUUAUGGUAGCUGCUGGGGCCUUAGCCCUGCUUGUGUGCCACCUCCUAGCUUUGCUCUGGCUCCCAGCCUCCCUCCUCCUCUCCCCUGCAGCCUGAAUGGGUCACAGAUAAGGCAAGCUGAGGCCUGGAGAUGAAAAUGGGAGGCCAGGUUAGAAGGGAGCAAAACCACAAGAAAUCUAACACCCCCUGCACUUCCCCAUUUCGCACAUGUGUAACUGACAGUCUGCCCGCUGGGCCCCCUCAGGGCACACCCCAGCCUCCCACCCUGGCACUGCAUGCAAACACAAUGCUAGCUGCCCCUUCCUGCCCUGGGCACCCGUCUCUCCCUCUACCUCCCACCCACUCACUUCUGCUAGUUUCAGAUGCCCAUGCCCACCUGGUCCUCUCUCCUCGCCCACCGAGGGAUGAAAGUUCAGCUGGGAUGAGCAGGGUGGAGGUGGGCAACCCAAGAUUCCCCUUCUCCCUUUUCCGAAUAAAGAUGAGGGUACUCAA